AUGUCCCUCUCAAGAGCCUUUACGAUGAGACGGAACAGAGGAGGAUCGAAUUCCGACUCAAAUUCGGCUAUUCCCUCGAGGAGUUUAACCACAAAACACUCAUUCGCAUCCGGCACAGUGAGAAGCAAGAUCUCGGGGCCGAUCGAAUUGAUUUCGACCACAAAUAUGCUUUCUUACAACGCGCCAGAUAUCUUCCCAAAAAGCUCUCCUGCGCUUUCGACGGGCUCCAGAUCAUCAACCGAGGACGACGGCUCUGACAGAUCAAAUUCUUCGGUGUCUUCACCAAUCACAGAAGCCUCCUCGAUCGGUUCAUCUUCUCCAAGAGCAGGCUCACCAGAUCCAAAUCAUCUUUCGUGUUACUUUGGUCAACAUAAAGAGUUCCCAAUGGAGGAGGCACCAGUCAUUCCAAAGAGAGCUCUCUCCCACACCAAGAAGAACGCAGAGAUACUGGCACGCAAACGCUCAACAUCGAGAAUGUCAUCUCCAAAGAACAGCAUCUCAACUCGAUCUUCACUGAACAUGUUCUCGUCCAGUGUAGAUGCACCCGACGCACACCCAUUCGGAAACGAGCUUGCACAGGUUACUGAAUUAGCCGAGGAUUACGGUAUCAGCCAGCAGACGCUAGACAUCGUCGAUGAAGAGGAGCAGGAGCUUGUCUCGAAGGGACUAUUCAAAUUCCGCGCUGAAGAUUACAUGAGCGAGAUCCAAGGUCUUUUCGCGAGUGCUUUCGGAGAGUCCAAGCCUGCGAUGGCUGCGAUGUGGAUAUAG